AUGAUUUGCAGGAAAUUGAGGAAAUCUGUAGAAUUUAAAAAGACUACUCUAAAAUCUUCCCUGAAAGUCGUGUAUGGUGAUGAAUUUUGGGGUCCUGAGAUCGUCAGGGUAUUUAGCCCACAAGGUGAUUUUUUUUGCCUUAUUGAUGUGGAGUAUUGGGGUGUCCCGUCUUUGCCUUAUUUGUCUGUCUAUGCUCAAGGACAAGGACCGCCUCCAAUGGUGGAGGAACGUUUCCAGAUUGUUAUAAGUCAGCGUUUCCAAUAUAGAAUAAUCUAUCAUGGUGGAGCAAUUGAUGAUGAUAUGGCAAAUAUCAGUGUUUCACAUGUCCUUUAUCUUUACGUUGUUGAUUCAAAUAAGGUUCCAGUUGCUUUACCUAUAAUUUUUGAGCCGGUACAGUGUGUUGGGUCUCAUGUUGCAAGUUUACAAAGUGUGUUGGGUUGGUAUAUUUCAUAUUCCAUGUUCUGA